CUCAGCCGCUCAAGGAGCCCAGCGGCCGCAGCGCGCGGCCCCGGAUGCUGAGCCAGGCGCUCCUGCGCCUCGCGUCCGCCGUCAGCGGCAGGAGGAUGAAGCGACUGCUGGGCAUCGCGUUGCUCGCCUACGUGGCCUCUAUUUGGGGCAACUUGGUUAACAUGAGGUCCAUCCAGGAAAAUGGUGAACUCAAGAUUGAAAGCAAGAUUGAAGAGAUUGUUGAACCACUAAGAGAGAAAAUCAGAGAUUUGGAAAAAAGCUUCACCCAGAAAUACCCACCUGUAAAAUUUUUAUCAGAAAAGGACCGUAAAAGAAUUUUGGUCACUGGAGGCGCGGGCUUCGUGGGUUCCCACCUCACGGACAAGCUCAUGAUGGACGGGCACGAAGUGACUGUGGUGGACAACUUCUUCACGGGCAGGAAGAGGAACGUGGAGCACUGGAUCGGCCACGAGAACUUCGAGCUCAUCAACCACGAUGUGGUGGAGCCCCUGUACAUCGAAGUGGACCAGAUCUACCACCUGGCCUCUCCAGCCUCGCCCCCCAACUACAUGUACAACCCCAUCAAGAUGCUGAAGACCAACACCAUCGGCACCCUCAAAAUGCUGGGGCUGGCAAAGCGAGUCGGAGCCCGCCUGCUCCUGGCCUCCACCUCGGAGGUGUACGGAGACCCUGAAGUCCACCCUCAAACCGAAGAUUACUGGGGCCACGUGAAUCCCAUAGGACCCCGAGCCUGCUACCAUGAAGGCAAGCGCGUCGCCGAGACCAUGUGCUAUGCCUACAUGAAGGAGGAAGGCGUGAAGGUGCGUGUGGCCAGGAUCUUCAACACCUUCGGACCCCAAAUGCACAUGAACGACGGCCGGGUGGUCAGCAACUUCAUCCUGUAGGCGCUGCAGGGGGAGCCGCUCACGGUGUACGGAUCCGGGUCGCAGACAAGGGCCUUCCAGUACGUCAGCGACCUGGUGAAUGGCCUCGUGGCACUCAUGAACAGCAACGUCAGCAGCCCCGUCAACCUGGGGAACCCGGAAGAACAUACGAUCCUGGAAUUCGCUCAGCUAAUUAAAAACCUCGUUGGCAGUGGGAGUGAAAUUCAGUUUCUCUCCGAAGCCCAGGAUGACCCCCAGAAAAGGAAACCAGACAUCAAGAAAGCGAAGCUGAUGCUGGGGUGGGAGCCCGUGGUCCCGCUGGAGGAAGGGUUAAACAAAGCAAUUCACUACUUCCGGAAAGAACUCGAGUACCAGGCGAAUAAUCAGUACAUCCCCAAACCAAAGCCUGCAAGAAUAAAAAAAGGACGGACGCGCCAUAACUGAAAACUUUGCCUUUUGGGACGGGAGAUGCCCUGUUUCACACUUGAGGAGAUGUGUUUUUCUUUUUUUUAAAAGAAAGACUUAAACAGGUAUCAUGAAGAACAAACUGGAAUUCAUUCUGAAGCUUGCUUUAAGAAAUGGAUGUGCCUAAAAACUCCCCU